UCAUACCUCGGGGUCAAACAGUACUGAGAUAUUAGACACGAUGGCCAAUCAGACCACUCAGAUGAACAUGAACAUGCACAUGGGACCAUGGAAGAUCACGGUUUAUGACCAGGAGUACUACCAGGGCAGAUGGUGGGAGUUCACUUCCUGCUGCAAGAACAUUGUGGAGUAUGGCAUGGAAAAUAUCCGUUCCCUGAAAGUGGAAUGUGGCGCCUGGGUGGGUUUCGAGCACAGCAGCUACAACGGCCAGCAGUUUGUCCUGGAGAAGGGAGACUACCCUUGCUUUGAGGCCUACAUGGGAAGCCAUGGCUACCGCGUCGAGAGGAUGAUGUCUUUCCGCCCGGUCUAUUCGGCUUGCCACAAGGAGUCCCGCAUGUGUGUGUGGGAGUGCGAGAACAUGAUGGGCAGACAGUGGGAGCUGUGUGAUGAUUACCCUUCCCUGCAGGCGAUGGGCUGGCACAACAACGAGAUCGGCUCCAUGCGGGUUCAAAGCGGCGCCUGGGUGUGCUACCAGUACCCUGGCUAUCGUGGUUAUCAGUACAUCAUGGAGUGCGACUGCCACGGAGGCGAGUACAGAUGCUACAGAGAGUUCGGGACUCACGCUCACACUCCCCAGAUCCAGUCCAUCCGUAGAAUCCAACACUAAAAAAAAGUGUCCUUCUUCUUUCCGUUCUUCUCCAUCCUCUCAGAUUUUCCAGACUCAGCAUCACAGUACAUACCUCACUGCCUCACUGCCAGCCGACUAACUGGUGCUACUUUCAUGUAAUGUGUACAAUGAUUUUUUGCUUGGGGAAAAAAAGACACAUGGUGAAAACUUAAGAAAUAAAGAUCUUGAAGCUGCAGAAAGGCUGUAGCACGUGAAGACACCUGGGAAGUUGCUCUGCUUUUAUCACAAUAAACUUGCAAUUCCUGUCAACUUCCGUGUGAGACUUGGUGAAUAAAAACCACAAGGGAAGAAAAGCUAAACAAAAAAAAAGAAUGUGUGGCUCUUUGUGGCAUCAUAGUUCAGUUUUUAA